AUGAGCUCCAUUGUUUGUGAACAGAGUGGAUGUUUUGUUCAUCAGCCCACUGGAGAUUAUUGGAAGACUACUCUUCAAUAUGGCAAUGUAUUUAUUGAAUAUAAAAGAGUACGACAAGACAUUAAAAAGAAAUCGUCUGACACCUUACGGUUGCAAAAGAAAGUUCGAAAAGCAAGUAAAGGAGAUGUACAGAGGAGUUUGGAUACUGCCCUACAAGAUGUCACGGAUAGGUACCUACUUUUAGAAGAGACUGAAAAACAAGCCGUGAGAAAGGCUCUGAUUGAGGAAAGAAGCCAUUAUUGCCUUUUUGUGGCUUGUUUAAAACCAGUUGUUGAUUCAGAAUUGGCCUUGUUCCAUGAAGUUACUCAUUUGCAAGAGAUAGUUGAUGCCUUGACAAAACUAACUGAAGAUCCUCAGUCACUUCCUUCAGCAAGUGAACAAGUUAUUAGUGAUAUAAAAGGAUCUGAUAGUGGAUGGUCAUUCCAUACACCUCCAAGUUCACCAACUUCUCUUGGAUCAAGAAAAUCAAGUAUGUGCAGUAUUAGCAGUUUAAAUAGUUCAUCUAGUGGCAGUACUAAAUCACAUUCUCCAUCUCAUCACUCACGUUGUCGUUCUCUUUCUCAGCAACCUCCAGCGGGUGCCUUACGUCUUUCCAGUGUCUCAUCUCAAGAUUCUGGCUUCACUUCACAAGACACAUUGUGCAUACGUUUACCAACUCCACCACCAAUGGAACUAACUAAUCAGGUUCCAAAUCUUUCUGAGUUUAAUAGCAAUGCUACUGGAGUCGUAAGCACAACAGGUACUCCAGCAUCACCUUAUCCUCCUGCACCAUGUGUUACUGCUACUUGGCCAAAUCUUCAGGAUACUCUACAGUUUGAAAGGGCAGCUGCUUCCAUUUUAAAAAGUCAAAGACCACAUACUAUUUCUUCUGCUUAUGAACGUGCAGGACAUAAUAGACCAGCACUCACAGCUCAGACAUUCCAGCCACUUAAUCAAGAACUUCAGCAAGGCCCAAGUGGAAUGGUUGAAACUUCUGACAAUCUGACUUCCACAUCUGAAGAUAGUUCCUUUGAACAUUCUCCUGAAGAUGACCAGGAACACGAUGAUUCUGACAAUAUGAUUGCUCCAAACAGAGAUUUACCACCAAUUCCGACAAACCCUCCAUUGCCAGAUAGGAAUAUGGAGCCAGACAAACCAAAUUUACCAGAGAAACCUCAGUUUAUCAAAUCGAGAUAUUCUAAGGGAAUCUCUCAUCUCGAAUCAUUUGUGGCCGACAUAAGUAAAGCUAUUGUAAUGUCAGAUGAUCCACCAGUUUAUGCAAAUCUGAAUGAACUAAUACCUACGAGUUCAGUAGCUGAUUCGUUUCCUCCCCCUCCUGUUUUGUCAAGUGAAGAUGUGUAUGAUAAAUCAGCAUUUCAAAAAGAUCUGGCUGCUAUUCUGGCACAGAGUUUAUUACUACAACAGCAACUACAACAAAAUGAUAAUCCUUCUGAUGAUUCUAUGGACCUUCCUCCACCACCACCUCCAAUAACUGAAGACAUUACAUCCAAAACUGAGUUUGCCGAUUGGAGUCCUCCUCUCACUCCACCUCCUCCAAUUCAAAAUGAUAUAAAUACAAAACCAAUUAUUUAUCCUCCCAUACAGAAAAGACCAACUUCUUUUGCAGGAAGUGUUCCAACUUCGUCUCCAAAUAAUUCUGGCACUCUGACACGCCCCGGAUCUCACAAACCACCUCCUCCGAUUCGUAGGUCUUCGUCUCUUUCUACGUCAAGUCCGGUACAACAGGAAUUUAUGCCCAUAAAACGAGAUUCUGAAAUACACUCGUCCCUGAGAUCUUCGCCUGGAAUACCCAUCGAAAACACUUUUCGGCCCCGAUCCAUGGGAAAUAAAAUGUGCGAAGAGUUGAAUAAAUCUCCGCCAUCUGUCAUCGAGAGCCACAUGCCAGCAAGAGUUUUGAAAAAAGAUGCAGGUAGGUCAGGAAACAGCAGCCAGUCUACUGUAUCUUGUACCUCUGCUUCUGUGCCUUCUGAACCCACUGCCCAUGCACAACUAAUACAGGCUCUCAAUGCCAGACUUUCUGUAUUACAACAUCCGGAACUCAUAGAUCAUGGUCCGAAAGGAAAGGAUCAAUUUUUUAAUCCUUCGACAUUCUCUCAAAAUGUACAAGAAAUAAACUACAAACCUCCUGUCCAUCCAAUGUAUGGCAUGGCUCACACUUUGGCCCAUCCACCAAAGAAAUCUAGCAGAGCUCAUUCUCUGACAGGAAACGAUAGAGAAGCAUUCAUCCAAAGCUUAAAUGCUCGGUUUGCACAAAGUCAGCAGGCUGGCUUUCGCACCGUGCAAAGAAAACCGUCGCUUCAAGAGCCAUCCCUUCGGGCCAAACACGGAACCGGACACAAAUCCCUUCCCCAGCAGAUGGCUCACAGGCGAGCAUCGCAGCCCAGUUUAGACCAACUGCAUGAUGUCACCAUGGGAUUCUCCUCUCAGGAAGAUUUCUCGCAAAUGAUUUCAGGAGAACGUUCCAACAAACAGAAUUUCCUCGCCACCUUGAAUGCAAAAUUAGCUCAACAACCCGGUCAGACGGAAAGAAGAUGUUCCUUGCAGCUAGAUUCGGAACCAAGCAUGGGUCGCAGCCGCUCGACAAUUGCCAGGAAAAUGAUGGACAACGGACAUCCUUCCACCAGCGAAGCCGCAGCUAGAGUUCAAAGCUGGCUGGCCAGCAGAGGAUCUCUGGACAAUACCACCUGUAGAGAAACACUCUUGUGUCAGAUUCGACAGGGAAUUUCGCUGCGCAAGGUGCCGAGCAACGACCGUUCGGCUCCGAAAUUUUGAGUUAGUUAAAGAGCCACAAUACUUACAAGUGAUAGACUUUAGUAUUAAUCAUUAAUUAGAUAUAGCAAAUACUACCCUCUAGGAAGCUUUGUAAAGUAAUAGAAAGCAAUUUUAAGUUAUAAAACUCAAAUUUAUUCACCGUUCUUUCUCGAAUAAGAGAUUUUGCAUAAAGUACAAGAGAAAAAAAAACAAAAUAAUAAUUUAUCGUUUUUGUUCUUGUUUUUCACCCAUUUUACUACUUUUAUAUUUAACCAUAAUACAGAACUUAAAAUUAAUUACAGCUUUGAUAUUUCGACAGAAUAUAUUCCCGACCUUUUUAGAGUAACAUAAAGGAAAACAAUGGAUCCGACAGUGCAAGCAUACUUCCACCAGUUAUUAAGCAAAGAGUCAGGACCAUUAUUUGCAUUACAGUUUUUUAAAUGUCACACAGUAUUACCAGUUUGUACAAAAUCGAUCAACGAAUUUGUCCCAUUUUAUAUGUAUCCUGCGCGUUUAAUUUCAAUUAACAAAAUUAGUUUGAGAAUCUCUCUCCCUCCCUCCUCUCUUUCUCGCUCUUUUCCAUUCUUCAUUGUUGAUUGUAAAUAUUUACUGAAUUUUUCUGCAUGUUGUGUUUCUCGAAUUGGUGAAAAUACUCCAUUGGCAUAAGCCCAAGAGAAGAAAAAAAAAAUAAUAAUAAUAAAUUGUAAAUAUGUAGUUGUAUUUAAUGUUUUACUUCCCCUAAACAAAAUGCCUAAUGCUAAUCUCUGAUAAGAUUUAAAAAAAUCUUUAUUUACUAGUCGGUAGUUAAAGGGAAUUAGUUAAGUGUCGUAACAAGAUUCAGUUUAUAUAACUUAGAAUAAAAUAUCUGUAGUAAAAAAAAAACACUUAACUUUCCAUCCAAUUACGAACCAGGUUACAAGAGAAUUACCUGUAUCGUUAGUUAUCUAUAUUCUAUCCAACUUGAUAGCUUGUGUGUUGUCAUGUCUUUUGGGACAUGUAAUAUUGUGAAGAAAAAAAGGGUAAAUAAAAUUAAUUGA